CCCCCUAUCUCCACCGAGUAAAAAAAAAAAAAAUCUCAGAAGCAUCUUUUCUUCUCGGAUCGGAGGGCUGAGGAUCAGAUGAGCAGACCUCGAGGGUUUCAGCUUCUCCUAACUCUGAAGAACCUCUAGAUCUGCUCGCUUUCAGCUCGGAUCUGUUGUCUAGGUUCCUCCUUACGUCAAAAUUAAAUCCUGGCCGUCGAGAUGGAGACGAUGUCGCUACCCAUCGCCGCCCUCAGUUUGCUAACUUGCGCAGCGGAGGCCGUUGCCGCGAGAAUGCUCACCGCUCAUUUUUUGCUAAGUUCGGACGCAUUUGAGCUUACCAAACACCUAAUUUCUCAGAGGAAUAAGGAAGAACCUAAACCAGCUGAUGCUGAUGUGGAUGAUGAAGAUGAUGAUGAUGAUGGAGAGGGGGGCUACCGGGAGGGUGAAGAUGAAUCCUCAGAUGAAGAUCGUGAGGGGAAUGGAUACCCUAAGGACAACAGCAACAGCAAGAAAGGCCCGGGUGAUGCUGCAGCAGGUGGAGAUGAGCAUGGAGAGGAUGAGGAUGAUGAUGAGGAUGAUGAAGGAGAUGAUGAUGAUGAUGAUGAUGAUGGGGAUGAUGAGGAAGAGGGCUUAGACGACGAGGAGAAUCAGGAGGAUGAUGACGAAGAUGAAGAAGACGAGGAAGACGAAGAGCUUCAGCCCACAAAGAAGAGGAAGAAGUGAAGGAGGAAAAACCAUAUCAACUCAGCUGAUUUCUUUCUCUAGUUGAGCUUUAGAAUGGAGGUUCUACUUAGUACUUUGUAUUUGAAAGGUAUUUAAUUCGCUGUUGGCUGUAAUCUGAUAACAUUGUUCUCGAAGCUUUUAAUAUUAAUGCCUUCUCUUACUCUAA